AUGAAGCUGAAUUAUCCUCACUUUCAUCUGAUUUUCGGGGUUCAUCUUCUCCUCUCGUGGUUGGCCGAGGCUGCCUCUGGAGACCCCAACCGAUUCUUCUACCACAACUACCUUGAAGGAAAUGGCAAUGGAGAGAUCCAUUUUAGCGGUGUGAAGCUCCAUGUGGAGUCUACUCAGCAUCCUGUGUAUGCUGUCCGAGGGGGUAAUGCCACCCUGCCUUGUAGGUACUGGUACAAGCCUGAGCUGAGCUCCUCCAGGAAGGUGCGGGUCAAGUGGUCCUGGCUGCCUGCCACUGGUGGACAUGAGACUGACGUACUGGUGGCUAUUGGGUACCGCAAUCGAAGCUUUGGAGACUUCAGGGGCCGUGUGCUGCUCAGACAGGACUUCCCGGGGGACGCUACACUUGUCAUGAAUGAACUCAAGCUGAAUGAUACAGGUCGCUACCGCUGUGAGGUUGUGGAUGGACUUGAGGAUAAGAGCGCUUUGGUUGACCUUGAGUUACAAGGUGUGGUAUUUCCCUACCAGCCACCUCAUGGACGCUACCACCUGAAUUUCCAGGGGGCCCAGCAGGCCUGUGAGGAGCAGGACUCCGUCCUGGCCACCUUCGAGCAGCUCUACCAGGCCUGGAAAGAAGGCCUUGACUGGUGCAAUGCAGGCUGGCUGGCUGAUGAGACAGUCCAGUACCCAAUUACUCAGCCCAGAAUGCCCUGUGGGGGGCACGGCAUUGCCCCAGGGGUCCGGACCUAUGGCAAAAGGCACCGCCACCUUCAUUACUACGAUGUGUUCUGCUUUUCCUCCUCACUCCGUGGGGAAGUCUAUUAUCUUCAUCUCAAGCUGAACCUAACUGAGGCUCGGGCGGCAUGUCAAGAGGAUGGAGCUGAGAUUGCCAAGGUGGGCCAGCUCUACGCUGCCUGGAAACUCACUGGGCUAGACCACUGUGAUGCCGGCUGGCUAGCUGAUGGCAGUCUUCGCUAUCCCGUCACCAGGCCUCGUAGAAACUGUGGUCCCUCAGAGCCAGGAGUCCGUAGCUUUGGCUUUCCACCUCCGCAACACAAGCAUGGAGUGUAUUGCUAUAGGUCAACUGAUGAAUGA